GUCAACAUCAUGGAAAAUGUUUACAGUACAAUAGCUGUACCCGACCGGCCGUGGGAAUAGCGCUACUUUUGGCCCUCACACCAUAAGUUGUCUGAGUCACUUUGCAGCAUUCCGUGGUUCCGAGUUGUGGGCACUGGUCCAGUCUGCAUGACUCUUCUUGAGAAUGGGCGACUCGGAAGGAGGCCAAGAUGGCGCUUCGCCAGAUCCUGCCCUCGAUCUUGGCUUUCCAGUUGUCGACAUUGCGCCAGACGGUGACAUUCUGCUAGAUGUGACCUUUGACACAUCAAAGAAGACCCUCAAGGCAGCAACAAAUUCUGCAAGACCCAGGCCGGCCCAGAAGACAGAGCCUCUGGUGCUGAAAGCCAGAACCCGAGUCGGAUACAGAGUCCAGCUCGCCGUACUGAAGCAGAACUCGAGAUACUUUGACAACCUGCUCAGUGACACGCGGUUUGCCGAAGCCCGAUCAAUUGAAGAUGCCUUGCAGAGGCUGUCGCUUCAAAGCGUGAAGCCAUCGGAGGCGAAGGCCUCGGACCUCCCCGUGGUGAAGAUCCACGAGGAUGAUGAGGCAACCCAGUCAGCAGGCCAGGACGCUGCUUUUGAAGACCUCAUGCGCAUUCUGCAUAGGAAGCAGUCCACCGCGAAGCCUAUGUCGACACAAUCCCUGGCAGUCCUGGCCGUGCUCGCCGACCGUUUUGCCUGCACGGCCACCAUCUCCAGGUACCUGGCCGCUUUGAAGUACAAAUGGCCCGCCACGCAAACCCUCUUACGGGAAGAUGGCCGGGCUCUCAGCAGGGCAGCCGAAGAGACGUUGCGGCAAAAGAUCCUCGUCUUCUGGUUGCUGGACCAGCCGCUCAAGAUGCAGGCCGCCACACGCGAGCUGAUUAUGUACGGCUCGCGGCGAUGGAGUGCAUCCUUCGACGGCGCGGACGAGAGCAAGAACAACAACAUGACAGCGGCGUGGUGGGACCUCCCCGACGGCCUCGAAACCGAACUGCACUACCGCCGUGAAUGCAUCUUCCGCACCAUCGCCUCCAUCCAGCGGCACUUCCUCUCCCUCUACACCUCCCGCACCCGCCAGUGCAAGCUGGGCUACGAGUCUUCGGCAAGCUGCGACUCGUACCAGCUGGGUGAGAUGGUCAAGUUCCUGACGAGUCGGGGCCUGCUGUUCCUGACCGAUUUCUCCUCCUCCUCCUCCUCCUCCGAUUCCCACCCACGCUCGGUGAAUGCCAGCCACGACUUCGCGACGACCGACAUCGGCCACGUCCUCGCGACCCUCAAACAGGUCCCCGCUUACCAGGUCGACAAGCAUCACACCAACUGCGGCCUGCGCACGCGCGUGCUGCCCGUGCUCGAGUUCGUGCAGGCCAUGCUGGCGGCGGGCGUCGUGGCCGUGUCGCGGCAGGCGUGGAUCAAGGACCGGGAGGCGACGUCGUGGGUUUACGAAGCCGAAGCUGGCGAGUGCGAGCGGGAACAGGGGAACAGGAACGAGGAGGCGAGGAAGGUUUUCCGGUUCACGCGGGGCAUGGCGACGGACCAGAGGCUGCGGUACGAGGGCACGUUGGCGGUGGAUCGCAUGGCGCGGGCGCUGUUUACGGCUUCGGAGUGGGACUGGACGGCGGAGGAGAAGGAGGACGUUAGGGGGGUUGAGUUUGGGAGGUGGCCUAUCAUGAGUUCUAGUAAUGGGUUGAUAUAUUGAUUGUGGGGAUGGUCAUGGGAGCAAUGGGGUGUUGGUGGGGGAAGUGCAACUUCAAAAUGAAGGAUAGUGAUGUUGGGAAUGUAUGAGACGUGUGACGCGUCGGUGAACGAGGGACAACGUCAAUACGAGGGCAGCUGUUGGAAAGAGAAAGAACGCUGGCGGAAAUGACGAGGGCCGUGCAAAGUACGUGUAGAAAAACACUG